GCGCACGAAGCCGGAGCCCAGCCGCCGCAGCUCUAGUUCCUGGAAGUAUGUUUCGUUGGAUGAUGAGAACAUUAGUGCUGCCAUUGUUGCUGCUUUCCUGGAGUCAAGCUGCUCCCAAGGAUGGAGCCACAAGGCUGGACGCUGACAUGCAGCAGCAGCCCCUGUCCAACCCCUUCCAGCCAGGCCCUGAACAGCUCCAACUUCUGCAGAAUUACCUAAAGGGAAUAGAGAGGAUGGAAGAGGAGCCAGAGCAUAUGAGCCGGGAGCAGGUUCUCCUGUACCUCUUUGCCCUCCAUGACUAUGACCAGAGUGGACAGCUGGAUGGUCUGGAGCUGCUGUCCAUGCUGACAGCAGCUCUGGCCCCUGGAGCAGCUCACUUUCCUGUUAACCCGGUGAUCCUGGUGGUGGACAAGGUGCUCGAGAUUCAGGACCUGAAUGGGGAUGGGCUCAUGACUCCUGCAGAGCUCAUCAACUUCCCAGGAGAGGCCCCCAAGCAUGCAGAGUCCCUUGCUCCAGUUCCUCAGGCACCACAAGCUGCUGGGAGGCAACCCCCAUUAGAUAAAAGUCCAUUGAGACCAGAAACCCAGGAAGCCCUAGGGCCUAACCAAAAAGCCAAGGGCCAGGUAGAGGCCAGAAGGGAGUCUUUGGAGCCAGUACAGGAAGCUGGACAUCAGACAGGGGCUGAAGGAGACACUCUAAGUCCUGGAGGGGAGACAAGGGGACAGGUAGAGGCUGAACAAGUCCCAGGUCCCAGAGAGGAUACUGGAGGACAGACAGAAGGUGGGGACAAUGGAGGAGAAACCAAAGAGUUGCCAGGGGAAACACUUGAGUUUGUGAACACUCCCAAUGAGGUCGGGGUUCAUAGUAUUCAACUGGAGAAUGAUGAGAUAUAAACUUGGUAGAUAUUGGUUCAUACCUCCCAAAAUCAUAAUGCCAGAACAGAAGCCUGAGGGGUGGAAUAUAUAUGAUGGGACAAUAAUUGCUUCUGAGAUAGGUUUAGUGGUAUAUGCCAGUAACCCAGAAUCUGGGAAGCUGAGGCAGGAGGAUGGAGAGCUCCAGACCAGUCUGGGUUACCAACAUAGAAAGUUUGAGGCCAAGUCAAGCUACUCAGUGACCUGGCUUUAAGAAAACUGGGGAGGAGAACCACCUCUGUGUUCCCUUUCCAGCCUCAGUAGGAGGUGAGUCUUCUGUCUAGUCAGAGAGAAUCUGAGUUAAGGGGAAGCUUUCAGGUCCAAACAACCAGUAAAGAACAGGAUGGAUUCAUCCGCUAGACCAUCUCUCCAGUGGUCCAGUCUGUCCAGACCCCUCAGAGACACAGGGGAUUUGGGCCAUACCUCUUGGAGAGAGUGAUUUAGCUUUCCCAGGGUUCCUGUCCAGGGAUGCUGAGACAGCAGCCAGUCAGUUGCAGACAACCCUGGGAAGAAAGAUCAGUCUGUCCCUGGGGCACAAAGAUCCUCAUGUUCUCUCUGGUAUUGAGACCCCUGCAGCUCAGGACAGAUGCUUCCAAUAGCCCUGUACCCUGCCCCGCACUGUGAUAGUGUUAAUAACCACCACAGUCUGAGCGCCAAGUACAUACCAGGCACCAUACUGGCAUUUUAUAUGAUUUUUAUCCUCACAAUAAUUAUAUGACCAGGAAAGAUCUACUCUAUGUGACAAGGAAGUUGACAAAAAUGAAAUAAUGUACCCCAAGUGACUUAAAUGUAAUUAAAUGACUGACAAAUGAUUCAA